AUGGUAUUACUUUAUCUCAUUGAUAAUGAUACUAGUUUCCUUAUUUUAAUAUCAAAUGGUGUUGGACUUCUUAUUACCAUAUGGAAAUUAACAAGAGUUUUUACUUUGAACUUUAAAGAAAAAGGUUCGUUUAUUCAAUACAAAAACCUCUCUUAUCAAAAUUCUAAAACAAAAUUGUAUGAUGAUAUUGCAUUAAAAUACCUUGGAAUUGCUUGUAUUCCUCUUUGUAUUGGAUAUGCUAUUUAUUCACUUUAUAAUAAUGAAUUUAAGUCUUGGUAUUCGUAUAUUCUCUCAUUAUUAGUAGGAGUAGUUUAUACUUUUGGCUUUUUACAAAUGACUCCUCAACUUUUCAUUAAUUAUAAACUUAAAUCAGUUGCAAACUUACCUUGGAGAGUGUUUAUUUACAAAUUUUUAAAUACUAUCGUUGACGAUUUAUUUGCUUUUAUUAUCAAAAUGCCAACUCUUCACAGAAUUGCUUGUUUCAGAGAUGAUAUAAUUUUCCUGAUAUAUUUAUAUCAACGCUGGAUUUAUCCAGUUGACAAAAACAGAAUGGAUUCCUUACAAUGGGAAGAUGAUGAACCAAUAACUUUAAAGGAUGAUAAUUCCUCCUCAAAUUUCCAUGAAAAGCAAGAAUAA